AUGAGAGUUGAAGAGUUUGUACAGCAGCAGUCAGAGCUAAAAACUGGAUUCGAGAAAAAGGAACAAAGUGUCGUACCAAACAACAUUACACUGUCUCCUAUGGCGCCAGCAUUUGUUCCAAAACAAGACUCAAGCAAUGGACAUAUUAAUGAAGUGUCUAAGUUCCUCGCGAAGAAAGAUUUAUUGUGGUGCCGACUCAAAAAAUUUGACGACCGUCCAGAAUACUUCACAGGAUGGAAAACAAGUUUUAAAAAUAUUGUGAGUGAACUCAACUUAUCAUCCUUUGAAGAGUUAGAACUGUUGAAUAAGUGGUUGGGACCUGAAUCAGCGAGAUAUGCACAAAGCAUAAGGACCGCCAGUGUGAAUCCUGAUGUUGCUUUAGCCCGACUAUGGGAACGCAUGGAGGACAGGUAUGGUAGACCUGAGAUGAUCGAAGCGGCACUGAAAAACAAACUUUGGGCCUUUCCGAAACUGAGUAUUAAGGACAACAAAAAUUUAUAUGACCUCUUAGACAUCGUGUCAGAAAUAGAAGCAGCAAAGGAAAUUCCACACCUGUCUUCGCUUUUCGCAUACUUUGACUCGUCAAGUGGAGUGAACCCCAUUGUGUCAAAGCUCCCUUACCAAAUCCAAGAGAAGUGGACCAGGCAUGCAAACAGCUUCAAAGAAAAUCAUUACAUGACUUUUCCACCCUUCCAUGUUUUCUGCAAAUUUCUCCGUGACACUGCACGAAUGAAAAAUGACCCAUCCUUUUACUAUGACAAUGUGACCGAGAACGCCAAAGUUGUUCAGGACGGAAGUCGACGAAAGCCUCAGUACCCUACAGGUGCUUCAUCUAUCGCCACAAGGAAAACUGACACAAACGCUUCAAGGCCCAUGGACAAGACAGAACACACACAACUGUGCCCCUUACAUGAGACUGGCCAUUCAUUGAACUCUUGUCGUGCCUUCCAGAAGAAAACCGUUCGAGAGAGAAGAGAGUUCCUUAGAUCAAAGGGAAUUUGUUUCAAAUGCUGUGAAGAGAAACAUCUAGCCAAAGACUGUCAGAAAACGAUAAAGUGUAAUAUCUGCAAGGAGCCAGGACAUGCCACCGCCCUGCAUGUUGGAAAACGCGCAAGUGACACUGACAAUGACAGCCAGGUGAAGACUGUAUGUACACAAAUUUGCGGAAACGUACAUAAAACUAGCAAAUCCUGUGCUAAGACUCUCUUGGUCAACAUCCGCCAUGGAAACAACCCGGACAAGGUGCUACGAACGUAUGCGAUAAUUGAUGAACAGAGCAAUCGGUCAUUGGCAAACAGUGAUUUCUUCAACUUCUUUGGUGUGGAAGGUCCAGACAUCCAAUACGAACUUACCUCAUGUUCCGGGCAGUCUACUCAAUCUGGAAGGAGAUCGGCGGGAUUUGUUAUCUCAUCUUUGGACGGAAAUUCUAGUCUUCGUCUUCCACCAUUAAUGGAAUGCAACUAUAUCCCAAACAACCGGGAUGAGAUUCCGACACCGGAGGUCGCGAGAUCUUACAGACACAUGAGAGACAUUGAGGAGGAAAUAGCCCCUUUAGAUCAGGACGCAGAGAUAACAUUGCUAGUUGGCAGAGAUUUGUUGCCUGCUCACCACAUUUUAGACCAAAGACUGGGAGACUCCGACUCUCCAUUUGCUCAAAGAUUGCACCUAGGGUGGGUAGUGAUUGGUGAGGAAGCAGACAUAUUCGCUAAGACGAAGCAUGACGACUCACCAGGCCUCUCCGUGGAGGAUAAGAAAUUCGUCGACAUCAUGGAGCAAGGUUUUGAAAGAGAUUCUGAAGGAUGUUGGAGUGCACCACUUCCAUUUAGAGAAAACCGACCUCUUCUUCCGAGCAAUAGAAUUCACGCACUUAACAGGGCAAAUCUACUCACCAGAUCUCUUCAGAAAGACCCUGACAAAAAGCAGCAUGUCGUAAAAUUUAUGAGCAAACUCCUGGAUAAGGCCAUGCUGAGAUUGCGCCACCACUUUCUUCUCCAGAGGAGGAACAUUGACAAUGAUGUAGAGAAAGAACUUACAGAGUACAGAAUGAAGAGACAUGUCUUUGGGAAUAGUGCAUCCCCAGCAGCAGCUACCUUGGGACUGCGCAGAACUGUAAGAAAUGCUGAUGAGGUUGUUAGACAAUUUGUGAGUAGAAACUUUUAUGUCGACGAUGGGCUCUUAUCCGUAGAUACAGUUGAGGAAGCAGUUAAUACAGUCGCAAAAACACAGAAAAUUCUCAUGGAGGAAGGAAAUAUCAGGUUGCAUAAAUUGGCUUCCAAUGAUCCGAAGGUAUGCGCGGCAUUUCCAAACAAUGACUUAGCCAAAGAACUCAAGGAUCUGAACCUAGAUUUAGAUGAAACACCCCUUCAACGGACCCUUGGUGUGAGCUGGAAUUUGUCUACAGACAUGUUUACAUUUCAAGUCUCGCGUACUCUUCAUCCUUAUACAAAAAGGGGAGUACUUGCUACUAUCAACAGCCUUUAUGAUCCAAUUGGAUUCCUCGCACCUGUUAUAGUCAAAGGAAAAAUGAUACUACGUGACUUGAUGGCAGAGAAAUUAGACUGGGACGACCCACUCCCCAAGGACCAGUACUCUCUAUGGUGUGAGUGGCGAGAGUCAUUGCCAGCGUUAGAGGACAUAGCAAUACCAAGGGCUUACGCUUACAUCAAUUGUGCAGAGGUCUUGCGAAGAGAACUACACAUAUUUGCCGAUGCGUCACAAAAGGCAAUUGGUGCAGUGGCCUACAUGAAGACUUACCAGACAGACGGCACCCCUCAUAUAGGAUUUGUCCAGGCAAAGGCAAAGGUGGCACCCGUACAUGAACACAAUUCCACGUCUGGAAUUGUGUGCAGCUGUGUUGGCAUCUCAACUGAAAAGCACAAUUUUGAACAACCUAGAUGUUGA